CUAUUUUAAAUCAUCACUUUCCCUUUUGGAUGAUAUUAUCCUUUUUUUUGUACUCAUUUUAGAAUGUUGUUUUCUCGGGUAUGUGUGUUUACAACAUUCAAUAGUAGUUGCAAUUGUUGUAUGCUAGCUGAAGUUAUAUAGUAAAGCUACUAAUUUGAUGUUCUGAUCUAGCAAAAACUGCUUCUUAUGAUUAUUUAUGAGUUAAAAACUGACCAAAUUUUGUAUAUUAGUAAUAUUUUUUUUCUUCUCAUUAUUGUUAGUAAUGAUGGUUGAUAAAAGUUGAUUAUGGGUUUCUAUACAUUUGAAAUUUUCCUUUGAACCUUCAAAAUGUAUUCUAUGAAAUGGAAGUUGUUCUUGCUGUAGAAGAGAAAAAAAAAGGCAGCUCAGGAGCUCCGCCCGGGGUCCGGGGAAGGGCCAGACCAUAAGGGAGUCUGGUCCAGACUGAAUUUAGGCACGGCCCACCCAUCUGCUACUAGGUCCGGAAAUGGCACCGGGCGAGGGUGCCGCUAUACCCCUUAAUGAAUUGAAUGGUCGUUCGCCCUUCGUUUGAUUCUGACAGCCGGCAUAGAUCAAGCCGACGAGGGGUGCUAACCCAGCCACCCAAACCAGCAGGUCAGGGCGGGCCGGCCACAAGUUCAAAUCAUGUCACCUUUCUUGUGGAUCAUCCUGUGGUUACCGAAUGUCUAUUGUUCUUGGCGAUUAUUGUUAUAUGAUGCCUCCUAAGAGAAGAAAGUAUUGUCGAAGUUUACCUCCUGACGUCCUUAGCGACCUUCCUGAUAAUGUAAUCGAUGUCAUUCUGAUGUGUUUGCCUUGUAAAGAUGUUGUGAGGACUAGCAUCUUAUCGAAGAAAUGGAGGUAUCACUGGUGUAGACUUACAAAGUUGACGCUUGAUUCAUCUCUGUGGGUAACAAAAAAAGAUUUACUAAACCCUACAGUCAAAUUUACAAAGAUUAUCUACCAGCUUUUGUCCCUUCAUGAAGGACCCAUUACUAAGUUUACCCUUAACAUUGGUUUUCUAGAAAAUUGUCCUGACAUAGGUAACUUCAUCUCUUUCCUCUCUAGGAAAGACAUUCAACAUCUUGUUCUUGACCUUUCGUGGAAAAUGCUAUACAAAUUGCCUUCUUCACUGUUCACUUGUUCGCAGCUGAGGCAUCUAACUCUUCGUAACUGUUUAAUUCAUCCUCCAUCGGCCUUUCAAGGAUUUGAUAUGUUAACCAGCUUGGAACUACGCAAUGUCAAAAUUUCUUCUGUAUUGCUCGAAAGUUUAAUAUCUCGUUGUCCGGUGCUUAAGAGGUUGAUUCUGAAUAUCCCAGAAAUUUUAAGCAUUAUUGAAAUUAAUGCCCCAAUGUUGAGAUCGUUUAAUUUCAGAGGCGAUAUAAGUUUUAUCUGCUUAAAGAAUGUCCCUCUUCUGGUAAAAGUAUCUCUGGCAGGUGACGAUAUGAGGGCAGAGAAUCUUGAUUUUGCAAAGGUUUUCGAGUCUUGUUCUGCUCUUGAGCACCUCCGCUUGGACUUCUCCAAUACCAUGUUCUAUGAUGAUUACAAUGAAGCACCAACAAGGCUUCCCUUUGUUCUUAACAGCGUCAAACGAUUUUACCUGCCUCAUAUUAUGCUGAUAGAUUCAUAUAAGCUCUCAUUUGCUCUUUUCUUGAUAAGAAGCUUCCCAUGUUUAGAAUAUCUCGAAAUACAGGUUGACAAUGAAGAUAGUGGUUAUGAGGAAUCCCUUGAACUCAAACAUUUGUCAAACGUGACAUUUAAUCACCUAAGGGAAGUUAAGAUAGAACUCUGUACAGGAAGCACGUCUGAGAUGCAGCUUAUCAAGCUUUUGUUAGCCAACUCCCCAGUGUUGGUGAGAAUGCUAAUCGAUCGACAGUUUCUAGAUGAUGAACCUCUUGACACAAGAUUACAAGUUUUCGCUGAGAUAUCAAAAUUUUCACAUGCAUCACCUAAAGCAGAAGUAGUCUAUGUAGAUUAAAUAUAUUAGGAUCUUUAACUUAGAAAUUAACAUUGAAAAGAGAAACAAAUGUUGAUGUAGCAGUAGAACAGUGUUUUCCCAUGCCGUAUCUGUUUCAGAACAUGGCAUUGCUGGAUGGAUGUUUCAAUUAGUUUGUGCUGUAAUAACAUUGUCAUUACUUGUUAAGGAUUUUUCAGGGUAAGGUUGCGUACAAUAGACAUUUGUGGUCCGGCCCUUCCCCGACCACAAUAAUGGAUGUAAUGCUAUUUGUCUGUCUAACUAUGCAGAAUACAAGGUUGAUGUGGAGAAUAACCUUGUAUGCAUUUCUCAGUUGUUUGCAUAUGUUCUAUAUUAAACUAUUUUAUGACA